AGGGAGCCAGGCUGAGCUGAUCCCACGUGUGACGAUUGCAUUCCCGGCUCAGUAAUAUUCUCUUAGCGGGGCUUCGCUUAGCUUUUGCUGUGUCUGUGUGUGUGUUUGUUAGUUACUGGCUAUAGUUGGGUUAGCUAUGGAGGGAGACGGGAGCCAAGCCACCUCUGGAAGCCCAAAUGAUUCGCAGCACGACCCGGGUAAAAUGUUUAUCGGCGGCCUCAGCUGGCAGACCUCACCAGAUAGCCUUAGAGACUAUUUUAGCAAAUUCGGGGAAAUCAGAGAAUGUAUGGUGAUGAGAGAUCCCACUACAAAACGCUCCAGAGGAUUUGGGUUCGUUACGUUUGCGGACGCAGCCAGUGUAGAUAAAGUCUUAGCCCAGCCACAUCACGAAUUAGACUCAAAGACGAUUGAUCCUAAAGUUGCCUUUCCCAGACGAGCUCAACCGAAGAUGGUCACAAGAACAAAGAAAAUAUUUGUAGGCGGAUUAUCAGCUAACACAGUAGUGGAAGAUGUGAAGCAGUACUUUGAACAAUUUGGGAAGGUAGAAGAUGCCAUGCUAAUGUUUGAUAAAACUACUAACAGGCAUAGAGGAUUCGGCUUUGUAACUUUCGAGAAUGAGGAUGUCGUGGAAAAAGUCUGUGAAAUCCAUUUUCAUGAAAUCAAUAAUAAAAUGGUAGAAUGUAAGAAGGCCCAGCCGAAGGAGGUGAUGUUUCCGCCCGGCACGAGGGGUCGAGCCCGGGGGCUGCCCUACACCAUGGACGCCUUUAUGCUGGGAAUGGGCAUGCUGAGUUACCCAAACAUUGUUGCAACGUAUGGUCGUGGAUACACUGGAUUUGCCCCGAGCUACAGCUAUCAAUUCCCUGCACUAUUGCCGUAUCUAAAUGCAAGCUUCCCGGCGACGGCGUACGGACCGGUGGCGGCAGCGGCGGUGGCGGCAGCACGUGGCUCAGGUAGGGGGGCCCGUGGAAGAGGCGGCUACAUGGCAUACCCGCAGAACGCAGGGGCAGGGUUCCCCGAUUAUGGUUUCUAUUCCUCGCCCAGCGACCAGCGGGGGCCCCCCUGCUCCUUUGCGGACUAUGGCUCCCUGGGGCCCCAGGCUGCUCAGAUGCUGAGUGAGCAUGCCACCUCUGCCAGCAACUCUCCCCUCCAUCAGCUGCACAGCCCGGAUCAGUUUAAGAGCCCAGUCCUGAAUAGCUACACUGCUCAACCGAAUUUUGGCGCCCCUGCUUCCCCGGCAGGCACCAACCCGCCUCGGCCCGGAGGCUUCCCUGGCGCCAACAGCCCAGGGCCCGUGGCUGACCUGUAUGGCACUGCCAGCCAGGAUUCCGGUGUCGGUAACUACAUAAGUGCUGCUAGCCCCCAGCCUGGAUCCGGCUUCGGGCACAGCAUCGCUGGUCCGUUGAUUGCGACAGCUUUUACAAAUGGAUACCAUUGAAACCUAACAGGGGGUUGGUUGCCAUCUCAUUUGAGCAGAGUAUAUCGGGAGCUCCAGGGAAGACGGGCCGAAGUUUCUAAUUGGUUCUGUAUACAGGUGAUGUCAUCAAACUUCAAGCACUACAGCAUCACCGGGAAGGGGGGGAGGGGGGAGACAUGAACAGGAGGUGGCAUACCAUUAUGAACAAUGUCAAGAUCAUCUCAGAAAAUCUGCUGUACUAUAAUAAAAAACCUGGCUUUUAAAUCUUUCAA